UUGAUACUCGUACAUAGAGCAGUACAGUAUUAACACAUUCAAACGGGUUGUCUGAUCCGUGAUUUGGAGGGAAAUAAUCGCACAAAUCUUUUGAUUGGAGUCUCAUCACGUCGAUUAACGACAGUCUGAAGUUUUCAUUUCGCGUUGAGUUCAAAUCGCCGUCUGCUGCAGCCUGAAGUACAGCUAGAACAACGGAGUUUACCUAUAGGAGUCAACGGCUACUGCAGAAAUGGCAGACAUAAGCGAAGCUCCACCUCCACCCCACUGGGGGAUAAACGGAGGGUCUCGUCCCACCGAUGAUCGACCGCCUCAUACCGAGAGCCGCCUAGCCUUGGCCCUGAGAAACCGACGUUAUUUCAUCGUGGUCUUGACACCAUUGAUCCUGUGUCCGAUUCCAAUCAUCAUUAGCAACCCGAUUGGUUACACUGCGUACAGCAUCAUGAUCAUGGCCGUCUUCUGGUGUACUGAAGCGAUCUCCAUCGCCAUAACAGCACUCCUUCCACUCGUUCUCUUCCCACUGUUCGGAGUGAUGUCAGCCAAGGUCGUCUCCGUCCAAUACUUAAAGGAUACCAACUUUCUCUUCUUUGGUGGUCUAUUGGUGGCGCUAGCCAUCGAGAAUUGUAACCUACAUCGGAGGAUAGCUCUUGCAGUGCUUGUCCUAGUAGGAUCGAAACCGAGAUGGAUGAUGUUUGGUUUCAUGCUUAUCACAGCCUUCCUGUCCAUGUGGAUUAGUAAUACCGCCACCACCGCCAUGAUGUUGCCAAUCGCCCAGGCUGUGCUGGACCAAGUCAAGGCAGAUAACCUACAGAUGGAAGAUGAGGACGGGGAGGCUGGUGAGGAACAUGCGAGAAAUGGAAGUCGUGUUGAGGAGAAGUCGGAUGCCCUCGAAAUGGAAAAGAUUGAAGUGGAGAAAGGUUCUGUAAACCGAUUAACAUCAACCACGAAGAGUUCCCUGAUAGAAGACAAGUCAGCAAGGUACGAUCUCAUGUGCAAAGGUAUCAUCCUUUGUGUUCCCUACGCGGCUAACAUUGGAGGUACCGCCACGCUGACAGGGACGGCACCCAACCUUGUACUGGCAGGUCAGGUCCAGAGCUUGUUUGGAUCUGAGGCUGAGAUAAGCUUUGGAGAGUGGAUUAUCUACGCUACGCCUGGCAUGCUGAUUUGUCUUCUCUUCACUUGGAUAUGGCUUCAGAUCUUCUACAUCGAUCGAUGGUGCUGUACGACGACAGGCGAUGAAAUCGACCAUAAAAAUGCAUCAAAGGUCAUCAGAAAGGAGUAUAAUAAUCUGGGCCCUAUGUCGUUCGCGGAAAAGGGAGUUCUUGUUCACUUUAUUCUCUUAAUUGCUCUGUGGAUAACGCGAAAACCGGGUUUCGUUACUGGAUGGUCAGUACUAUUCGAGGACGGAUACGUGUCCGAUGCUACAACUGCAAUGUUAAUCUCCCUCAUGCUGUGUAUGUUUCCAUCUCGCAUGCCCAAAUUCAUGUGCGGUCACAGUACAGAAGAGGAUGAGAAAGAGCAGAAAGGUCCGUGUCCAGCUCUCCUUGAGUGGAAAAUUAUCAAUGAAAAAAUGGCCUGGCUGGUCAUUAUACUUCUUGGUGGAGGGUUCGCCCUGGCAGAGGCAUGCAAGGUAUCUGGUCUUUCAGAGUGGAUAGGUGAUCAGUUUAUUGUGCUUGACGUCCUACCGCCAUAUGCCAUCGCCCUCGUCGUGUCUGUCAUCAUAGCUGCCUUUACUGAAGUCACCAGUAACACGGCUACAGCAACAAUCUUUCUACCCAUUCUUGGAAGCUUGGGAGAAAGCAUCGGUAUCAACCCACUACUCCUCAUGAUACCAGCGACGGUUGCCUGCUCAUUUGCAUUUAUGCUUCCUGUGGCCACGCCCCCUAACGCCAUUGCAUUCGCCAAUGGCCAGAUCUCAGUUAUGGAUAUGGUAAAGACCGGCUUCGUGUUGAACGUCAUCUGUGUGUUGGUUGCCAAUGCUAGCGUGAACACUCUUGGCGUGUUGAUAUUUGACGUGGGAAACGUCCCGCCUUGGUUGAACACCACGGACGCGUCAAUGUAAAGACACUGGACACUAUUGGUAACUAUACUUGCGUAACUGUUAGCAUCAAAACGUACUUUGGUAACGAGCAAUGGAUAUCAGUUGAUAUUAUAAAAAAUUGAAGUAACGUAGUUUUCGAGAAAGAGGCAAUUUUUCAUUUAAGCUGAAGCCUUUAAGCAACAAAGUAAUUCAAAAAGGGUGUUUUUUCCUUCAUUAAUCUCUCUUGCAAAUUCGAUGACCAACUGAGCCCAAAUUUUCAAAGGUUCAUUACUGUUACCGAAUCUCAAAUCCGCCAAUUUCCCUUUUUCAGGGGCAAUUUCGAAGAGUUUAAAGUUCCUCUUGAAAACGUCAAAUGAUAUGAUUGUUGAGGGAAACAUCGACUUAACAAACAGCUACCUGAGCGGAAUGUUUUCAAUGGAAAUAGUAUUUUAACUUGUUUAUAAUGCACUUGUUCACCAUUUU